GCCCGUUCUGUGUCAAUUGACCUGGAUUUCAGCGACGUAACGAUCAAUCACUGAUAUUUUACUGAAAAGUAUUUCGGAGAAUGACUUUGAGUAAGUAUUCAAACUGACAGUAGCGCUUCAGAGCAUUCACAGAAUAUCUACAGCAAUCAAUAACGCCUGUGGGAGGCUUUAUUGAGCGCUGCUGAUGCACUAUGAUGCACUCUUAAUUCUCUCAAUCUACAGUUCUUCUCGAUAAACAAGAAGGAAGCCAUUUAUUUCAUCACAAAUGAGUUUGUGUCUAUUUAAAGCAAUGCUUCCUGUUGUCCAUACGAUGGCAACAGACAUUAAGUAAACGAGGAUGUGAGGAUGAAAACAAUCUGAAAGUCGAUAAUUGCUUUCAAGUGAUUUUGUUACCCUGUUAUGUUUACUUAUGACAGUGGCGAUGUUCUUCGGUCUUAUAGAGCAUCACUUGGGAGCAGCGGUGUCGCAAAGAGGUAACUGUCUUUUUCAAUUGAAAUAAUCCGACUCAACGUUAUUUUUAGCUGUGGGCUCAUACAUUCAUCAACACUGUUCACCCCGCUAGUAAUAGCUCUGUGAAGGAGCAAGCCAAAACUGCUCUUGAUGUGUGAGUAUGGCACCUUUUGUGUGAGAGAAUAAAGCCCAUAGAACCUCAUUAUGAGGCAUAAUAAUAUGCCUUUUGACUGAGCUUGUCAUUACCACUGAGAAAGGGCGUCUGAGCUUUUUCCAUAUUUAUAUCCUAGAACUCGUAGGACACAUUAGCUAAUUGACUUCCGUCCCUCACCUGUCAUCUUAAUGGUAUGUUUUCAUAAACCUUUGGCAAUGCGGCCACAAAGAAAUACCUGUAGUUCAUUAAAGGUCCAGAGUAGUGCCUUGGAGAUGAUCUGCCACAGGGGACUAAUUAAUGGCAACGAGCGUUUCAUCACGAGCAAAGAGAAUUAGUGGUAUUGUGUCCUGUUUUGUGGUCGGACAAAUGACGUCCAUCGGUGUGGGCACCACCAAACAAUAUAAAAGACACGAUUCUUUCCCUGGGGAUAUCAGAAGAUCAGAUGACUCCCCUUCACACAAGCCAGAAGAUGCCGUGGCUCCCCACCAACUUCCAGAAAGCUGCUGGGAUGGACACGUCUAACCGGAAAGUCCUGGUGCUGGUUUUGAUGCUGCUGCUGUCUCAACUGGCCUGUGAUGCUCACAGCGUGUCUGAAUGCUGCAGAGAACCAGCUCGCUCCUGCCGCCUCUCUGUGUUUCUGUGUCGCAAAAACUUUGCCGGAGCGCUCCCUGGAGACGCCGCCGCCGGCAUCCUCACUUUGGGCAAACGAAAUGAAGAUGAGCGUAACUUGCAGAGCCGACUCAACCAGCUCCUUCACGGCUCCAGGAAUCAGGCAGCAGGGAUCCUGACUAUGGGGAAGAGGAUUGCAGAGAGGGCUGGAGAGCAGUACAUGGACUGGAUGGCUCAGUCGGGAUCAACCAUCACAACGCCACUACCUGAUUUAAGCUAAAUACCUCGUGGUAUAGUAAGCAGCCUAUGAGACUCUUUUAAAAUCCAGGGAGAAAAAACCCACCUAUUUGGGGAGUGUCAUUACACCAACUGUGUGUCAUUUGCUCAUGUAAAAACAAUUGUGAUUUUCUUUGAACUUUGCCUUUUUGAAUGUGAUGUGCUGUAAGCGCACUGGGCUAUCGGAUGACAUUAAGAAGAUGUGUAAUAUUGUACAUAGAUGGAAAGCAGGCUGUCGGGUGUAAUAAAAAAUAUAAAGCUGACAUGUCUUUAAAAAAGUGCUUCAGUUCAGUCUCUGAAAAAUCAAAAGCAGCAAUGAUUCAUGUUAUGUUGCAUUAACCAGAAAAG